UGAAACCAACUUAAAACACACGACACCCAGCUGCAUUAAAUUUGGGAGAUUCCGCAUUGUUGUGUUAAAUAUGAAGUUAAUUUCCACUGUCUUCGGGUUUUUUUACUUCGUGUUGGUUUCAGUCGAUGCUUCACUUGCUGAAGGGUCGAAGAUCGAGGCGAACCAUGGAGAAAACGUCGCACUGGCAUUCCCGAUGGAUAAAGCGGAAGAAGCCGACAGAUUGAGGAUCAUUUUUGAAGAAGAAACUACAAAGAAAAUGUUUUUGGUCGCACAGAAGUGUGCUCCUCAUGAAGGAUGUGAUAAUGUGGACACACCUGGAGUCUCACUGAUAUUUGAGAUAGGAUGUUUGUCUGUAAUCAUUCAGAAAGUGAACAUCUCCAGAUCUGGACUCUAUAUCGCACAAGCUUGCUUUGGAAAGGACGUGAUUGAGGUGAUCGCCACACUUGCUGUCAACAAAGCUCCAGUUUCCUCCACUGUAUCUCCUCCACACUCCUCCUCCAGCCCAACACCUGCCCACUCCUCUCAACCACACCGGCGUUAUGCUUUAAUAACUGCGGUCAUCUUCAUCAUCAUCAUCAUCAUCAUCUGUAUCAUCUGCUUCUGUAGAUGGAGGAGGAUCACGUGUGUUCAAAAGAAAGAAUUGGGAUUUGCAGUGAUUGUGUGCCCUGAACUUGAACUGUUGAACUCGCCUUGA